CCGCGAGCCGCCUAUAUAGGGGGUAGUAGGAGACGGUUGGAAGCAGUAGCCUCCAGGCAGCCAUCGGCAUCACACAAUUAGAUCGUAACACAGCAAGCAUCACUCACCGGCAUCAUGAGAGAAAUCGUCCACCUGCAGGCUGGCCAGUGCGGAAACCAGAUCGGAGCCAAGUUCUGGGAAGUGAUCAGUGAUGAACAUGGAAUUGACCCAACUGGUACAUACCAUGGGGACAGUGACCUCCAACUGGAAAGAAUAAAUGUCUAUUACAAUGAGGCUACAGGUGGUAAAUAUGUUCCCCGUGCUGUCCUUGUCGAUCUGGAGCCUGGCACUAUGGACUCUGUCAGGUCUGGACCAUUUGGACAGAUAUUCAGACCAGACAACUUUGUUUUUGGUCAAAGCGGUGCUGGAAAUAACUGGGCAAAGGGUCACUACACAGAAGGAGCAGAGCUGGUUGACUCUGUAUUGGAUGUUGUGAGGAAGGAAGCUGAAAGUUGUGACUGUUUACAAGGGUUCCAGCUCACCCAUUCUCUGGGAGGUGGUACUGGGUCUGGGAUGGGUACACUCCUUAUUAGCAAGAUCAGAGAAGAGUACCCUGAUAGAAUCAUGAACACUUUCAGUGUUGUGCCCUCCCCUAAAGUGUCUGAUACUGUAGUAGAACCUUACAAUGCCACCCUGUCUGUGCAUCAGCUAGUAGAAAACACAGAUGAGACCUACUGUAUAGAUAAUGAGGCCCUCUAUGAUAUCUGCUUCAGAACCCUGAAACUCACCACUCCCACAUACGGUGACCUGAACCACCUGGUGUCUGCCACAAUGAGUGGAGUUACUACCUGCCUGCGAUUCCCUGGCCAGCUUAAUGCUGACCUGCGUAAACUAGCUGUUAACAUGGUCCCCUUCCCCCGUUUGCACUUCUUUAUGCCAGGCUUUGCCCCACUUACCAGCAGAGGCAGCCAGCAGUACCGUGCCUUAACAGUGCCAGAGCUGACACAGCAGAUGUUUGAUGCAAAGAACAUGAUGGCUGCCUGUGACCCCCGUCAUGGCAGGUAUCUCACUGUAGCUGCUGUCUUCAGAGGCCGUAUGUCCAUGAAGGAGGUGGAUGAGCAGAUGCUCAAUGUCCAGAACAAAAACAGCAGCUACUUUGUGGAAUGGAUUCCCAACAAUGUCAAAACAGCAGUCUGUGACAUCCCACCCCGUGGCCUUAAAAUGUCUGCCACCUUCAUUGGAAACAGCACGGCCAUUCAAGAGCUGUUCAAACGCAUCUCAGAGCAGUUUACAGCUAUGUUCCGCAGGAAGGCCUUCCUUCAUUGGUACACUGGAGAGGGCAUGGAUGAAAUGGAAUUCACAGAAGCUGAGAGCAACAUGAAUGACUUGGUGUCUGAGUACCAGCAAUACCAGGAUGCCACCGCUGAGGAGGAAGGAGAAUUUGAAGAGGAGGCUGAGGAGGAGAAUGCAUAAAACAGUACAUAAUGACAUCCUGUUACCUAUUGUCUUUGCUUUCUCUCUUCCCCUUUUCUAGUUUCUCAAUGUUCAAACUGGAGUUUGAGGCUAUUUAACAUUUCUGUGUCUAUUUAUAAAAGUCUGAACUCUUAAUGAGAAACUGGUACUGUCUGUGUUUUUUAUUUGUUUCUGUCAUUCUUCAUGCUGUACAGAUAAUUAAAAGAAACGUUCAUAAGA